GCCUGCGCCGCCAGACGUGGCAGCAGCCCGCAGCGGCGGCGGCGGGUCCGGCUCGGCGGCGGCGAUGGUUGUGCCGGGGCAGGGCGCGGGGGCUGCGCGGCGCCGCGGGCGGCUGCUGCUGCUGGGCCUGGCGGCAUUCUUGCCAGUGUUCGUGUACUCGUUGAAGGUGUCUCCACUUAUAGAAAAAAUAAGUGACCACAAGGAUUUUAAGAAGCUUCUCAGGACACGGAAUAACGUACUAGCGCUGUAUUCCAAGUCUGCUGCUGCUGCAGAAAGCUCGCUCAGGUUACUGUCCAGUGUGGCCCAGGAGGUGAAAGGACGAGGUACUAUAAGCUGGAUAGACUGCGGUGAUACUGAAAGCCGAAAAUUAUGCAAGAAGAUGAAAGUAGAUCCUAAUUCAAAGGAGAAAGGAGUGGAAUUACUCCAUUAUAAGGACGGUGCAUUUCAUACUGAAUAUAACAGAGCGGUCACAUUGAAGUCCAUGGUGGCCUUUCUCAAGGAUCCAGAAGGUGCACCACUGUGGGAGGAGGAUCCGGAAGCCAAAGAUGUUGUGCAUGUUGACAGUGAAAAGGAAUUGAGACGGCUUCUGAAGAAGGAAGACAAACCCCUUCUGAUGAUGUUCUAUGCCCCAUGGUGUGGAGUUUGUAAGAGAAUGAUGCCAUCUUACCAGCAGGCAGCCACAGAACUGAAGGGUAAAUAUGUUCUUGCGGGGAUGAAUGUUUACGCUGCUGAAUUUGAAAGGAUAAAGGAAGAAUACAAUGUCCGGGGAUAUCCUACAAUCUGCUAUUUUGAGAAAGGAAAGUUCCUGUUCCACUUUGAGAACUACGGUGCUACCGCAGCAGAUAUAGCAGAGUGGCUGAAAAACCCACAGGCACCUCAGCCACAGGCUCCGGAGACUCCCUGGGCAGAUGAAGAAAAUGUAGUUUAUCACCUGACUGAUGAGGACUUCGACAAGUUUAUAAAAGAUCAUUCUUCUGUGCUAGUGAUGUUCCAUGCACCAUGGUGUGGGCACUGUAAGAAAAUGAAGCCAGAAUAUGAGAAGGCUGCAGAGUUUCUCCAUGUAGCCAAUGAUAGUCCAGGUGUCCUUGCAGCAGUCGACGCUACCGUCAACAAGGCGCUGGCAGAAAGAUAUCACAUCUCAGGGUUUCCUACUUUGAAGUACUUUAAGGAUGGAGAGGAGAAAUACACUCUGCCACACCUCAGAACGAAAAAGAAGAUCAUUGACUGGCUGCUAAAUCCUGAAGCACCACCUCCACCUGAGCCUGCGUGGGAAGAAAAACAGACUAGCGUUAUCCACCUUGCUGGAGAAGACUUCAGGGAGUCCUUGAAGAAGAAGAAGCACACCCUUGUCAUGUUCUAUGCACCAUGGUGCCCACACUGUAAAAAUGCCAUUCCGCAUUUUACAACUGCUGCUGAAGUCUUUAAAGAAGAUCGAAAGAUUGCCUACGCUGCAGUGGACUGUGCCAAAGAACAGAAUCAUGACCUGUGUAAGCAGGAGGGGGUUGACGGCUACCCUACCUUCAACUAUUACAACUACGGGAAAUUUGUGGAAAAAUAUACUGGAGAAAGAGGGGAGUCUGGAUUCACCACUUUCAUGCGAACCCUGAGAGAAAGAGACCAUGAAAGAGUGGGAAAGAAGAAGGAUGAAUUGUAGUUUCUGCCUCAAAGGAAGCUUUCCGCUGCACUGUGAAUGGUUCCAGGUCUUUUGUUAAUGCACCUGAGACUUCACAUAUUCUCAAGACAGAGACUUUUUUUUAUAAACAGCCAUGGCCAUUUUGUACAAUUUUGAAAUAAAGUGAAACCACUUGAUUUUUAAAAGGAAAAUAAAUUAGAAUGUUGCCAUAAUGUUUUAAAGAAAACUUAGCAUUUUCUCUCAUGUUGUGAGACUAUGCCCACUGACACUCCUAUGCAAUAUUUUUGUAGUCUGUAGUGUGUCUGUAGGUGAUGUUGUUUGAUAGGGUGAUUUUUUUUUUUUAAAGGUAUUGCAGUACAUGUUAAAAAACAAAGGGGAGGGUUCACGUUUUUCGUUUUGUUUUUUAAACCAGCGAAGGAAAGUGGGACUUGUAAGACACAGAUUUAUCCAAAUGCAGUUUUACAUUCUUGUGAAAUAGUUACAUGUUCUUCAGUGAGAUUUGGGGGAACAAUUUUAAGGUGCUCAGGGAUAAAUAAGUAUCUGAGUUAAUGAAGACAUUAACAUUGACCAGUCCAGAUCUAUUGAUUUCAUUUAAAUCUCUCUGGUCUUUAAAUCAGGACUGUUUACGUACCUUUAUAGAAUGUAUUGAGUUAAUUAAACCAAGUAUCAAAAAGCAACAGAGCAUGGGUAAAAUUAAACUAAACCCUCCUUUUUUGGCAUCAAUAUUGUCAAAUGCCUCUGUGAGUUAUGGCAGGCGUGAUUACCCUGUCGGGGUAUACAGUCACCAUUAGAGGGUAUAGUCUCCCUUCAAAUUACGAUUGGCCCAUAUCAAAUGCGUGUUGGAAAGUGUUCAACUGCUUUGAUAAAUGCAUAAUACUUUUGAUAAUGCAGUAACUAUAUAUAUUAUGUGUUUACAUGCCAAAAGUUGAUCAGCAUUUGUACGUGGGAUUUUUCCUUUUAGCUCUUUCAGGAGUUGCAUAAACAAUCUCUCUCUGACAAAAUCAUCACUGUAAAACCUGUAUUAGCAGCAGUUGAAAUGUGUUACACUCUUGAUACUUUUAAAAAAAAAAAUAUGUAAAAAUGUUGAUCUGGAGGUACUUAUGUCUUCACAGGAGGGGAGAGGGAGGGGCAGGAAGUUGUGAUUCACUUUGAACUAAAAAUAAAUUUUAAAAAAGACAAGUAUUUUUAUCAUUAAUCAGCCUUGUUCAGCUUCUUCCCCGCUGGGUGCAUGACUGCAGCUGGUGGUGGUUUAGGAGGAGCCAGCGCAUGUAGGACGGGUGCCCACCACCCCUUCGCUGGGGACAGCCCGGUGUCCAGGUGUGCUGGGUGCUGUGGCAGGGGGUUCAGCAGCGUAAGGGUUGGCCUCCAUCUGCCUUGGCACUCAACGGGCGGACGAAACAGCUUUUUACAGUGAAGAACUGCGCUUUGGGUCUCAAAUCUUCUUCCUGCUCCUCAGUCCGCCCAUCUCAUUUCCUUUUGGUGGUUUGGUUCCUCGGUGAAGGCCGUGCUAAUGGACAACUCGGUGCUGUGCUGCUCAGGAGGUGAAUGGCAUCUUACCUCUUUUCUCAAUACUUUUUUCUCUCUUGCCCAAUUCAUGGCACAGUACGUUUGGCACUCGUUAAGCUGCUGAAGCCAUUAGUGAGUAAUCUGGAAUACCGGUAGCUUGAUUGGCCUUGUAUGGUAGCCAGCUUGUUAACCAUGACAUCAGUUUGAACAGCAAUGGAGCUGUGCCAAGUAUCUUCUCUUAUUAGGCACCUGAUGAGUCCCUUCACUUAAAAAAAUCAGCUGCCUGGUAGUACAUAAUAUCCUAGUGUGAAAGUAGCUUAAUUUAUAAAGUCUCUUACUGUGGGUUGGUUUUUUUUUUUUCUUUUCUGUUAGCAUAGUUAUUUCACGUUGUGUUUAGUGCUUUUGCAUAAGACCAUGGUAAUUCUUUCUUUCAAGCUAUCAGUAGCAAACUGCCCUGCAUUUAAGAAAUAAUGUAUAUUGAUGCCAUUUGACUUGAAACAGAAAUUCUUUUGCUUAUCAGCAAACUAUCAAGAAUGAUCAGUCCAGAA